AUGGGGAUCCUCGAGUUGGCUAAAGACGGUCAGCAUACAGCCAACGAGGUGAUCAAGAAGGCUACGCAGACUGUCUACGAAUCCAGUUUUAAGAAGUUCUCUGAUUUUUGCAUCGCUAACGGCUACCCCGACCCUCGUCACGAGCGCCACCACGAACUACCCGUCAUUUUGGUAGCAUAUUUGCAAAGUAUCUCGGCUUCCAGUUCCAUUUCGCUACAAACAGCUGAGAAGGCGAGAUCUGCGGUCGCCAGUUACUAUUCUUCUCACCAAAACACCGACGGAACUGAUGUCAACACGUGGAGAGUUCAAGAAGACGAGUCUGGAAAAAAGCGUGGAUACGGAAAUCCUGCUCGAGAUCCGUUUGUGCGUCAAUUCAUGCGUGGGCUCAAGAAGAAGAAGGCAUCAGAGUAUGUACCAGCAAAAGCGGUUCCGAUAUCUUUGGAUAUGAUCACAGUUCUUCAUGCGUUCUUGGAGUCUCCGAUGGGAGUUAAGGGAUUCAGCGAAGAAAGUCGCGUGUGGUUCAAGGCUGUUUCAUCUUUCGCAUUCUAUGGCAUGUGUCGAAUCAAUGAAGUUUUGACUCUCCAGUGGAAGGACAUCACACUUCGCCAGACCCGCUGCAGUGUCGUUUCUCCGGAUGAGAUCAUUGAGUAUGGGACGUAUGCACUCUUCAAUCGUAAAACGGCCGUCGCUGAAGGACGCAUGUAUAAUUUGCACCACAUGCCCAAGGACGAGCUUGCAAUCAAUGCAUACCGGCACUUGUGCAACUGGGUCGACUAUGCAUCCGAACGUAAAGGACAUCAUUGGCGUGAUGAUGAUUACGUCUUCCCAGCGUUGAGCAACAUUAGCAAGAAGGUACUGAAGACAAACGACGCAGCUACAGGUUGUGAAAAGGUGGGCGUAGGCUGGGGAAAGAAGAUGUCGGAGCAGGUCUUCAUCAACCUGCUCAACUGCAUCGUUCGUGGCCUCAACAGAGACGGUAAAGAGAUCCCUGGCUACGUUUCCAAGCACUGGACCAACAGUUGGUUUACGUCGCAUACCUUUCGUCGUGCCGGCGCCCAAUACCGAUUCAUGUACGCACAGCCGGCUCGCCGCUGGUCCCUUCGAAUGAUCAAAUGGUGGGCCGGGUGGAACGUCUCCGAGUCAACCGAAACGUUGGUUCGGUACUUACUCGACGUCACGAUUCAAUCCGAAGAUAACGAACUUGCAGAUUGUUUGGCACCAGACAAGACUUAUUUGCAUGGCUGUCCAAGCGCCCCGUACGAAGCCGCCAAGAAUACGGAAGAAGGACCAGUUCUUAAACGCCUUCGACGCCUGGAAAAUCUGAUGUUGGAAAUGAAAGCGCAGAUCACUACACUAGCGGCUCCAUCCACACCAUCGCCUUCCGCCAGUGCCCAAGAUGACGCUGAGGACCAUACGGAGGAAGAGCUUGAACCGGCAAAAUCAUCCGUAAUUCCUGCAGUUCAGGACUGGGCCCACCUUUGCUUGAUGUGGUGGAUUCCUGACAAAUCGCUUCAUCUGUUCAAGCCGCUGUCAAAGUGGACACUUGCUGAACGUACAAAUGCUGGAUUGACAAGGAGCUGGUACAGCGUGGCAAAAUUGCUCGGUGAAGAUAUUGGUUUGUUCGCAAGCAUUCUUGGAGAAACCGAUCACUUGCUGUGGAAAAAGAACGUGAUCCCAGUGUACCGCAACUACUACACUAAGCACUACGUUGUGGUUGAAGACACUGAAACGCCGACUACGAUAACAAUCGCCAUGCUAGCAUCCUUCGUUAGAAAGGACCGCAAGAACCGUAUCGUACUUUUUGGUUAG